CGUCGCGCCACAGCUGUCUGAGAGCAUUGAGCUGCCUGGCGCCAUCCUCAAAGAAUGCCUUCACUGUAAAAAAAAAAGAGAAAAAAAAAAGAGAGAGAGAGAGGGCGAGAUAGAGUGGGGUGAGCUCAGUAAGAAAGAGAGACAGAAAGAGAGAGACAGGGAAAGAAAAAAGAAGUUAAGAGAGAGCGAGUGUGAAAGAAAUAGAGAGGUAGUGUAUGUGUGCGCGCGUGUGUGUGAGAGAGGAGAGAGAGAGAGAGAGAGAGAGACGGUCGGAGGGUGGGAGGCAGGGAGGGUGAGAAAGAGGGGAGUUGGUGUUGCGCGCAGGCACGGAGAUUUGAUGUGUGAGUGUGACUCGUGUCCUGGUCAGUGUGUGUGUGCACGUCUUCUACACACGCUUCUCGCGCGACCGCUUGUUGCUUCUGCAGAGAGAGAGACGACAACAAAACUUUGCGGGGAAGACACUCGAGCAGCUCGAUGCGGACUCGGCCGCAUCUGUGGAACUACUCUUCAUGGCAAAUUAGCGCAUUUCGUUAAAAGUGAUCGAAAGAAUUAUUUCCCUCUGAAAUAAGAAGGAAGCAACCUGUGGAUUUAACAUCGCAGGACUUUGGAUAGAUUUUUUUUUUUUCUUUUUUAUUUUUUUUUGUCUAGAUUUAUUGUUACCAAUUCUACUUAGUGCUGUGUGUGCGGUGAGUGCUGUGUGUGUAUGACCGCUCGCUGCCCGCUAUGGAAGUAAGCACGGAUCAGCCCCGGUGGAUGAGCCACCACCACCCGGUCCUGAACGGCCAGCACCCCGACUCGCACCACCCGGGCCUGGGCCACUCGUACAUGGACCCCUCUCAGUACCCGCUGGCCGAAGAUGUGGAUGUACUCUUUAAUAUCGAUGGACAGGGCAACCACGUCUCUCCUUACUAUGGCAACUCCGUGAGAACGGUGCCGAGGUACCCACCUCCACCCCACAGUAGUCAGGUGUGUCGCCCACCCCUGCUGCACAGCUCUCUGUCCUGGCUGGACAGCAGCAAAGCCCUGAGCUCCCACCCCAGCACAUCCCCCUGGAACCUGAGUCCCUUCCCUAAGUCCUCUCUGCACCACGGCUCCCCCGGGGCCCUCUCCGUCUACCCGCCGGCCUCCUCAUCCUCCCUGUCAGGGGGCCACUCCAGUCCGCACCUCUUCACCUUUCCCCCGACCCCCCCUAAAGAUGUCUCGCCGGAUCCAGCAAUUUCGACCCCUGGCUCUGGCAGCUCGGCCCGCCAGGAGGAGAAAGAGUGCAUAAAGUACCAGGUGUCGCUGGCAGAAAGCAUGAAGCUGGAAUCUGCUCACAGCCGGAGCAUGGCCUCCAUCGGAGCGGGGGCAUCUUCGGCCCACCAUCCCAUCGCCACGUACCCCUCCUAUGUCCCAGAAUACGGCCCAGGCCUCUUCCCACCAAGUAGCCUCAUAGGUGGGUCGCCUUCUAGUUACGGUUCGAAAACAAGACCGAAAACAAGGUCCUGUUCAGAAGGUAGAGAGUGCGUGAACUGCGGGGCCACGUCGACCCCCCUGUGGCGGCGGGACGGCACGGGCCACUACCUGUGCAACGCAUGCGGACUCUAUCACAAGAUGAACGGGCAGAACCGGCCCCUGAUCAAGCCCAAGAGGAGGCUGUCGGCUGCCAGGCGCGCGGGCACCUCCUGUGCCAACUGCCAGACCACGACCACGACGCUGUGGCGCAGGAACGCGAACGGGGACCCCGUGUGCAACGCCUGCGGACUCUACUUCAAACUGCACAAUAUCAACCGACCCCUGACCAUGAAGAAAGAGGGCAUCCAGACCAGGAACCGAAAGAUGUCCAGCAAGUCGAAGAAGAGCAAAAAGUCCCAGGAUGGCAUGGACGAGUUCUCCAAGAGCAUCAUGGACAAAGGCAGCUCCUUUAGCCCUGCAGCCCUGUCCCGACACAUGAGCUCCUUCCCUCCCUUCUCGCACUCAGGCCACGUGCUGGGCACCCCUACGCCCAUGCACCCGUCCUCCAGCCUGCCCUUCGCACCCCAUCACCCCACCAGCAUGGUCACAGCUAUGGGGUAGAGUCUUCAGCACCAGGCCCCUCUCCACCACCCACCCAAAAAUGACAUGCGUUAUGUUUGUUUAAAGUCAAGUGCACCUCUCGAGGACUGAAAGGCCCAACGGCCGAGCCAUUUCCCUCUUACUCUGGGAAGACGAGCUAUGGCCGAGUGAAAAGGAGACAGUUGGAGUUCACGGCUUUGCCGCUACCACGUUUCCCAGUGCAACUGCUUAAUCCGGAUUCCAUUCCUGUACAGAGAAAUCAUGUUUCAUAAAGAAGCAAAGAACAGAGAAGAAGAAGAAAAAUCAACCUAAUGUAGACCUACCCACCCUGUAAAACAGGGUCUCCCUGUGCUGUGAAAAAAGCGAGAGGAAAAGGACUUUGAAUAUAUUUGUACAAAUUGUAUGAAAUACAGUAAAUUUAAUGAAGACUUUUUAAUGGAAAAGACGCCUAUGGGCAGCUACGAAGAGAAGGGUACGAGACCGAGAAUCCUGGUUCCAGAGAAAGGGGGGACAGAGUAGAGGAGGAUCCUGCCAGACCUCCACCUUCCUCUGGUGGAAGUCAUUAGAUGCAUUAAAACCGGUAGAAAAGUUAAUAAUCUACACGGCAGGCAUCUCUAUAGGAAGUUCAGUAGGUCCUGCUUUAGCAUCUUCGCACACACACACACACACACACACUACACACACACACACACACACACACUACACACACACACA